AUGGCGCUGUUGCUGGCGGAGGGGGCGCGGCCGCUGGCGGCGCUGGCGCUGGCGGCGUGGCUGGCGCUGGAGCUGGCGAUGAUGGCGCGCGCACAGGACGACUGCCCUCUCAAGUGCGACUGCGAGCGCACGGGCGUCGGCAUCCUCGUCAACUGCUCCGCACGCAACCUCACCGCCUUCCCCACCAUCCCUGCCAACAUCUCGGAGCUGGUGCUGGAGCUGGACGUGUCGCACAACGCCAUCCGGCGGCUGCCGUCGUCGACGCCGGCGCUGCCGCUGGUGCGCGUGCUGUCGCUGGCCGACAACGAGCUGAGCGCGCUGCCCGGGCGCUGGCUGCGCCGCGUGCCGGCCCUGCUGCGCCUCGACCUGGCGGGCAACCCGGCGCUCACGCUGCUGGGCCUUGGGGAGAGUGGCCUCACGCACGCGCGCAGCCUGCAGCUGCUCAACAUGUCACGCUGCGCGGCCGUCGACGACCUCGCGGGCGCCGAGGUGGCGCUGGUCAGCAACUCCCUCGAGGUGAAGCGUGCUGUCUUUGUUGGUAUUGAUAUUGAUGUCACUGUUAUUGUUGUCACUGUUUUAUUGUUGUCUGUUGUUAUAGUUGGCAUUUUUAUUGCUGUUGUUAUUGUUAUUUUUGCUGUUAUUGUACUGGACCUUAGCCGCUGCAGUCUUCCCGAGGCAACAGGGAAGCUCGUGGCCGGCUUCCCGUCUCUGCGGCGCCUCGACCUCUCCCACAACCCCUUGAACCUGCUGCAAGGCCUCAACUCGUCCACGCUGCAGGAGCUGUACCUGGUGCACACGGGGCUGGACAGCAUCCACCCGGCCGCGCUUCUCGACCUGCCGUCGCUCACCGAGCUGGACGUGUCGGGCAACCGCGGCUUCGCCUUCCCGGAGCGAGGUGUGCUGUCGGCCUCGCUGACCGGGCUGCGCGCUCGCUUCUGCGAGCUGCGCCUGCACAAUCUGAAGGCGUUCCCCAACCUGCGCUACGCCAACCUACAGGGCAACGGCAUCCAAGGCGUGUGGAACACCAGCUUCGCCAACGAACACCUCAUCGAGUUGGAUCUGUCGAACAACAACAUUCACCGCGUCCAUCCGGAUGCAUUCGGACAUCUACCGCGACUUCUGAAAGUCAGUUUGGCCAACAACAAGAUUAUGUCUAUUCACCCGGAUGUGUUCGUAAAAAAUGCAUUCUUGGCGGAGGUUAACUUGUCGAGUAAUACCCUGACGGACUUGGGACAAAUGAAAGCGGAAGCGGUGACAACUCUGGAUGUGAGCCAGUGCAAUGUGGACAAGUUGACUAUAGAUAGUCUAGAAGGGAUGCCAAACUUGCGCAUUCUCGAUCUGUCUUCCAACCGCUUGGAGUAUGUGCCUGAUAACCUCACUUCGGAUUCUUUGCAGUGGCUCGACUUGAGCUUUUGCAGGCUAGCGGCCGUCGGCAACGACACCUUCCGGCGCCUGCCGUCGCUGCUCGUGCUGAACCUGUCGGGCAACCGCUUCACGGAGCCCUUCCGCAAGCACGCGUUCUCCCACAACAAGCGGCUGCGCGCGCUGCGCCUCGCUGACAACCCCUGGCGCUGCGAUUGCGCCUCGCACGACUUCCUCGACUUCGCCGAGUUCACCUUCACCGUCGACCAGAAGGAGGCCAUGGAGCGCGCGCGCUGCGCCUCGCCUGAGGCCGUGCAGGGACAGUCCUGGCUGGAGGCGUGCUACGACGUGUGGUACCCGCCGUUGGACGAGCGCGAGCCCGUACGGCGCUUCGGGGUGGCCAUGCUGGCGGUGGCUGCGGUGGCGGGCGGCACGCUCGUGCUGCUGUCGGCGCUGCGCCAGGCCGUGCAGAAGCGGCGCAAGGAGGCCGAGCGACGCCGCCAGGAGGAGAUGGAGCGGCGCCUCGAGGUGCGGGUCAGACCUUCCUUAAACAAGCGGUUGUCUGUGCGCUCGCUUGGCCUAUAUGUGUAUGAACGAGAACGCGAGCUGCGCGAGCAGAUCCGUCUGGAGCUGGACGACGAGGACAUCUUCCGCAGCCCGCGCUCGCGCCCGCAACGCACGCCCAGCGAGAUCACGCAGCCGCCCACCUACGAGGAGGCCUUGCUGCUGUCGCGCUCGCAGCAGGACCUGCUCGACCAGCGCACGGCGGCGGCGGCGGCGGAGGGGUCGGCGACACCCGACUCCGUCGCCCACACCCCGGCCACUUGCGCGCGCCACCUCAUUUACGAGGUGGAGGUGGAGGCGGCGCCCAAGUCGCGCCCCGCGAAGCCGCCCAGGAAGACCGGCAAGCGACCGCCUGCACACGUCGCAAGCGAACCUGGGCGCGGGCGGGUCGAGCGUGGGCGAAGCGCGGGCGGCAGUGCGGCACAGCGCGCCCGGUGCCGCGGGGCUGCCGGAGGAGACGCUGACUGCGAUCGCGGGGGCGGGGGCCAGCGCCGCCACGCGCCCCGCGGCCAGCCUGACGAGCAGCGCAGCGUCUUCGCUCGCGCGCGCCCCGCGCCCACCCCAGUGGCCACGCAGCGCCUGCAGCAGCGACGCCAGCGGCGAGGACAGCGACGAGCCCCGCGUGCCGCCGCCCGCCUACAGAUAGCGGACCGGCCAUCGUCGCAAAGAAGUGUGCAGCAAAGCGAGUUCCAAGACGAAUUAACAGAAGCUCAAUGAAAUCUAGAAUAUUGUAUCAAAUUGAAAGGAAACAGAACUCAUCAGCAAGUUUGUCACAUUUCGUAUGAUGGAAUGCGUGGUCUUCAAUCAAAAAGUUGAUGUUGAUGUGUUGCUUUGUAUGAAACUUCUAAAACAACGAUACAUUACGACUUUAUGAAAUGCACGAUUAUGAUAUGAAAACAGAUAUAACCAUACAUAUAAAAAUAUAAAAUGUUUUGUUGAAGCAGAACAAACCUUCAAAUAUACAUAACAAUUAAAAGUGUAGUGUUUUAAAUGAAAACACGACUUCUAAUGACAAGAACGUGACAAAAAUAUUUUAUUGUAUCAAGAAAAAUAAUUUUGAUGACCAUUAAAUGUAUUUGCACAUGUUAAAUGUAUUAACUUGACAGUUUUGAGAGUGUACGAAAAAUAAGUGACAGAAAUGUAGGCAUAUUUAUUAUAUAAUUGUUGAAUUAUUCUGUACAUAAAAUUUUGAAUAUUAUAUUUUAUAUACUUAACGUAAAGAUGAUCAAAAGAGAUUUGCCUGUAUAUUCUUACCCAUCUUCAUUUCUGCAUUUAAUGUAAGUAAACCAUGGGUGUGUCGAUGAUGAAUAUUCGAUACACCAGUUAUAAAAGUUCAUGACUUGCAAGGCAAGGCCGUUGAAUCUGCGUCAGCCAUUAAUAUUAGAUUUCUAAAUUCCACACAAAUAACAAAACUCUAAUAUUAUGAAAAAAAGAGAUUUUGGGACAUAUUCCAUGCUUCUCAGUACUGAGGAAACAAAAUAAGAUGUAGACUCUUGCGAAGAUCAUUUAGAGAAGUAUAUCAUUCGAUAUU